AUGUUUGCACAGCAGCAAUCAUCGUCGAGGCAUUGUCCUCGACGCCGACGACGAAGGGGCGCCCCAGGCCUAAUCGCUUGUUCGAGAAGCUCUGACGAGGUACUUCAGCGGUCCCCAAACGUGUCCCUCAGUCCGGUAACGGGGCCGGGUACCACCUUCAGCUCUGUGGCAUCGGCGUUCGAUUUCCAGCAUCAUGUCGGCAGCGAUCCUGCAAGCGAGUUGCUCGUGCUCAAGCACAUCCUGACGAGAGAGUGCCUCCUGUCUCGUCUGGAAGCCGUUUGCGGUAGCCUCCGAAAGCGGUUCCAGCUCCCCGCCGCGAAGACGACGUCAGACAACGGCACGACGGCUCGAAUGACAGAGGACGGCGACGGCGUUGUGGCUUUGCUGUCCAGAAUGCGGGACGCCACCGUCGCCGUGAUCGAAGCCAUUUCAGUGUGGAGGAAGGAUAUGACCGGGCAUUUGCCAACGGCGUUCGUAUGGCACGGAGACAACUACCUACUUAAGAUCACGAACGACCUCAACUUUCUUGCUGGGGUGCAACCCUUGGUCGACACUCUAAAGAUGCAUCCGGCACGGUUUUGUCGGAACCCGUUGAUGCUGCCACAAACGCUUGACGAACAACGACGAGACGGAGAGCUUUGCGAGAGCGGAGUCGACACCACGUCCCCGGGGGCACGGAAGAGAAGACACUUGUACCAGGUGGCUCAGGUUCUUUUGGACGAGGAGGGUCUUGAGAGGGAACGGGACUACCUCCGACAAGAAUCAAGCAAGAUCGCCGCGGCUACAUCAGGCCGAGGUGAAACGUCACCAGAGCUCAGCGGGCGACACGGGUUUAACGCGGGUGGUGUAAGGUGUGCGGCGCGGCCGUACGCAACGACCAGCAGCGUACGGAAGGGAGGGUCGCAACGCACUGACGGCAGGCCCUUCUCCUACUCGGCGAGUAGCUUUGCUUGCGGCAGAGACCCGGUCACGGACGACGAGGAGCUCCGACGACAUCAGGGGGGGCUUUCCACAUGGUACGAGCAGGCGAGGUCCCAGCUGGUGUCUCUCAGCAGCAGCCCCGCAGACGAGGAGUACUUCCUUAGUUCCCGACGCUUCUGGAGCAAAGAAGAGCUCGGGGAUUCGAUGGGUGGCUCCUCCCCCCCAGCGCCUCAUCGACGUUCGCCCGGGCCCAUUGCUCGCGGCGGCAAGCGCUCGGGUUAUUCCACGUCCGCUGCUGCUGCUUCGGGGCGAGGAGGGGGUGCGGAGGCAGGCCAAAGAGAUGCGACGGGACGAUUCUCUAACGACGGCACCUGCGGCGACAACGGCGGCGACGAUCUCUUCGGCGAAAGGCCACAGAAUCACCAGCAGAGAGGCUUCCCGCCACCUAGCCAGCAGACGAGAAGCUUACAGGGGGUUCCUGCGGAUGGGCAGGAGGGGGUCCAAUUCAAGGCAGGGGGGGGAGGGGGGCACAGCAGUGAGCGAGGGGGAGCCGACGUCUGGAGUCGACCGGAUCGCUUCGGAGGCGGAAACUCGGCCGCCUUGUCGUGCCUUACCGUAGACGACAUCGAGCAGAUAUUGAGAGAGUUGGACCCGUUGCCUGCGACGGUGGCGGUGUGCGCGGCGGUCGUGUUCCUCCUCGGCCCCGAAGACCAGCUGCCUUCGGAUUUCCUCUGGCCGCAAGGGUUCGAGGCGGUGGCUCUCCCCGCCGAAGACUUCCUGCGCAGGCUGCACGAGACCUCCGGACAACGGGCAAGCGCGUCCAAGGCACAGUUUCUCGCGCCGGUGCUUCAGAGAGAGAAUCUUCUCCCCGAGGCGAUCGAGAGGCAAGGCGGGCACGCGGUGGCCAGUCUCUGUGCGUGGGCGCUCGAGGAGCUGCAAGGUUGUGAGGAGUUCGCAGAUUGGAGCGGGAUGGCUCUUGAGCCGUGGUACGAGACUCAGCUAGUUCCUCCUGCCCGUGCCCAAGAGGAUCCGACAGAUUGCAGCGAUGACGUCGAUGGAUGUGAGGUCAGGCUUAUCUACAAGGCGCUCCACAAGCUUCCUCAUGUUGGAGCGUCGUACGUGCUGUCGCUCUUCGAGGGCAAGAGCGGCGAGGGCGGCCUGAUCGUCCGCGCGUUCGACCGAGCGAGGCGAGAUACCUUCUGGCUCUCGCUGUCCCGGAACAAAGUCGAUGCCUUCGGGAGCAACGCGACCCGUUCACCCUCGGCCUUGGCGGCCGCCCUGACCCGACGCCUGAAAACGAAGCCGGACGUAGCGGCCGGGACGCAAAGGCUGGUCCUCUUGCCCUUGAAGAAGAUCGAGCCGUGUUUUGACAAGAAAAGAAAGAACACCGCCUCCACAUCAGCUUCUGUCAGCGUUAGCGCGAACAGCGACGGAACAGAAGCGGACCCGAGGGGGGUCGUGAACGCCAAACCCAAUCCAGAUUCCCAACCAUCGAACGAAGACCCCGCGGCGGCGGCCUUGCCGCCACAAGGUUCCGCGCAGAGGAGCCCGCAGCCGCGAAGAUCGCACCCACCGGCGAUGAGGGGCUCGAAGGUCGAUGACCUAGGCCCCCUAGUCGAGGCCGAGGGGGACGGAAGCGAGUGCUCCGUAAGGGAUGGGGCGGGCACUCAGUCAGUGCCAAGCGUCGUUGACGCAGAUGGGGCCGACGCGGCGGACGAGCACACCGGAAACCAGUCGGAGGUGGAACCUGUUGAGGUUGCGGCGUCGGAGGAAAAUUCGAUCAGAAACCCUCAUCCGACGGAUAGCCACGAAAACAUGGCGUUAGCUGGCGAGAUCACCGGCGAUCGCGAGAAGGAGGAACCUGCCAUCCAAACAACGAAGGCAGUAAAACAAGCGCAAGCUCCUCCUGCCGAUUCCCAAAACGAUUAUGGCCAGGGGGGGCUCGGGGAGACAGGGAUAGAGGCCAGCGGCUCUUACGCCGACGAUUUCACCGUCGACGACAACGAAGCCGGCCUAGGGCUUCCUGGGGGGGCGGGGGUUGAAGAAAGCGGCUCCUACGCGGAUGAUUUCGCUGCCGACGAGGACGAUAACUACUACGACAACUACGACGACGACGACGCCGAUCAAAUGGAAAACCGGAAAGGGGUAGACCCGCUGGCGCGUGCAGGUGGAGAAACCGCAGCAGCAUCCGGUGUCGUCCGUGGGGGAGGUGGUACGACGGGAUCUGUCCUGUCGAAUGCCGAUGUGUGCCCCGACAAGACUACCGUUUCAGAGUCGGUUGUGUCCGGACCGGGUGGAACUGAACACGACGGAGGGCCAUCGGAAGGCGUUCAUGCGAGGGAGGAGAGUAAAGCCGAAGAUGACUACGGAAACGAAUAUUCGGAGGAAGACGACGAGCAUGACCAAAGCGCCAAGACCAUCGUUGUUGUACCUUCGAACCGAACGGCUGCCUCGCUUGCAGAACCGGAAGAACCACCUUCCUCGUCCAUCGACGUUCCUGCUACGGGGGGAGGUGGCGCACUGGCAAGCCAAACGCCGCGGUCAGAGAACUAUGACGAAGACUUCGGAGACAUGGAGGGCACCAGUGCCACGGGAGCGGGAGCCGAACCUGAGCAAUACAUCCAAGAACCAGACGACGACCCUAGAGGGUCACCGGGCGAAACGGCAAGCAAUCCGAGCAUGUCAACAGAAACAACAGCUGUCGACGAACCCGGCCGGGUUGAUGCAGCCGAAAGAGAGCUGCUGGCAGAGGGAGGGGAUGCGCAGGAGGUGCAGUCUCACGAGGGGGGUGACUUGGAGACUAAGUACGACGAAGCUCAACAACAGCCGCUACCGACAACAACCAAGCACCAUACCGAUGACCUAACACCGGCGUCGAUAUCAAUAGAUUCGUUAGGGAACAUGGCUAAGGUUUCUGCGGGUGAGGGCUACGCCUCCGAGUUCGAGGAUGCUCCGGAGGAAACCAUCCAGGACGAUAUUGAAACGAGUAUGGCAUCAGAAGUAGCGGCCGCAGCAGUAGCAGCAGCUGAAAGCUCGGCCUUGGAACGGGUGUCCGAAAGGAGCGUGUCCGACGCCCCCAGGCUCGCAGCGAAUGGUGCGGUCAACGAGAACGAUUGUUUCUUGACCGACGAUUCAGUACAAGACGUUAUUGAGGAGGUUGGGGUACAGGAGGACUCUCCACUAGCAACGAGCCCGGAGGGGUUGGUUCCUCAGACAUCCACGUCGAGCAGAGCAGAAAUGUCGGGGGCCGAUAGCGAUGCUGUCCCAGCCAUUGCGAUCGCCGGAGACGCAGCGGAAGAAGAUCACUUCGAAAUGGAGUUUGAACAAGAGGAAGCGGAGCCGGCUCAGCCACCCACAAUGGGCACGGCAGGGACUGAGGAGAUAAGAUCGGUGCCGGGUGACACUCCCUUUCCAGCAGAGUCAUCGCCAUCGCCAUCGCUGGAAAGGAACCCCGCCGAAGAAGUCGACGACGAAAACGAAGGCGCAGGAAAUGCGACGAAGGAAGAGCGUCAUCUCUCAGCAGCACCUGAAGAUGUGCCUUCGCCCUCCCUGAGUGGGAAAGAACCGAGGGACGAAGGCUUAUCUGGUGGUCCAGUCGGGGAACAAGCGGAGGUUGGCGGGGAAGCAAAAGAAACGCAUUCGAUGACAGAAGGCGAGGACUUCGAGGAGGAUUUCGAGGACGAUUUUGCCUCAGCGGGAUCGGACAAAGAAGAUGGGGAUGUCGGUUUCGAUAACGUCCAAGCAGGGCAGAAAACCAGCACUCCAGAGGUUGGUAGUAGAGAGGAGACCUUGGUAGCGUCUGCACAACAGGACGGCGGUGGGGGGGCUGAGGCCUUCAGCGAGUCGGAAGACUUGAAUCUUCCAGAAUCCGUAGCAACAGCAGGAGCCAGAGAUGAGUCGGUCACCGGAAGUGAAGAAAGAGAACCGGGUGGAGAAUCGUCGCAACGAGAAGCUAUGGAGUCAAGGCAAUCCGUGGAGGAGGGUUUCCCAUCCUCCCUGCCCGAGGCGGAGAUCAAAGGGCUGCUCGAGACCAUCGGCCAGGUGGACAUUUUUCGGUGCAACGUGGACGGCGAUAGCCUGACGUGCACGUGUCGGUACUCUACGGACGACGACACGGCCAAGGCCAAGAAGGGAUUCCACGACCUUGAGAUGGGCGAGAUGACGCUCAAGGUUGAUGUCGAAGAAGCUGCUCCGGGCACAACCGACACCUCCAGCGCUGGGAACGCCGGUGGCGACGGGUCCGGCGACAAGGCCCCUGCUGAGGGGUCUAGCGUCGAGGAGAAAAAGCCCGCGGCAUCGGAAGAGCCCCCGCGGCGAAAGAAGUCACGCUUCGCGCCCCCUCCCACCGGCGCCGUCGAUCUCCAAGGCGGUCUCGGGGCCACCCCUGGCGCCGCCGGCUCGGGCCUCCUGGGCAUCCCGGGCCUGGGCGGGGGUGGGUUGGGGUUGGUAGGUCUUCCUCCGGCAAGCGUGCACGCAGCUGGUGCUGGUGGCUUGGGUGGGCUGGGCCUUCCAGGUGCCAUGGGUGGUUUAGGCGGAAUGCCGGCUGCCAUGACCCCCCAGAUGAAGAGCCAGAUCGAAAUCUUCGUCGGAAACAUCCCCGUCGGGACGACACAGCAGGGGCUAGUGGACUUCCUCAACGCGGCGAUGCUCAAGGUGGGGCUCAACCUUCAGCCUGGGAAUCCGGUGACAUCCUGCCGUCUGAACUCGAAGUUCGCCUUCUGUGUCAUGAGAAACCCCGAGGAGGCCGCCAAGGCUCUUAACCUCAACGGCAUUCCUUACCUUGGGAACGUCCUCAAGAUGCAACGACCUUCGAGCUACACCGGCCCGCCUGACAGGGCGGUCACUUGGCAGGUUGGAGAAGAAAGGGUACCGGAAAGCCUGCUAUGCGUGCAAAUGGCCCUGGCCAAGGAUAUAUCGGUGUCGAGGUCGGGCAAGAUGUACAGAUGA